GCUGUAAUAAAGAAAGGGAAAAAGAAAGAACCCAACCCAUCUGCCAUCUUUCCUUCACGAUCGAUUCAAGCAAAAGGCUCAUCCGUCUCUCUGAUCAGAUGAACUUCCUCCCUCCCACUCGCCAGCUCUCACACUCUUCAUUUCCCUCUAGUUCAUGCAAGAUCCAAGGAACUCACAGUCACAGACAAGGAAGCCCUGGUAUCAGAGAGCAAUGGAGGCAGCAAAUUUAUGGAAACCCAUAUCAAAACCCACUGAGGUUUCCACGAAUCCCAACAGAUCUAAGCUAAGGAAGUGUUCUUCUCUUAAGGUUGCAACUUCAUUCACUCGGGUAUGUCUUUGUGCACCCAUCUCUUCUUAUACUGAAGUUUUUCGAGCCGAUCUUCCACCGAGGAGGAGCAACAGCUAUCCUAGAUCAAAGCCAUUGGUGAUACCACCUCCCGAAACAUUUCCCAGUUAUAGAAUCAGUACAGAAGGCAGCAGGAGGGUUUUCCGGGGGAAGUCAUUAACUGAUGAUGUUCUCAUGAGAAGAUUUGUUGUGGAAGAAGAAGCAAUGAUGCAGGUUAGGAGAAGGAACGAAAUGGAUGUUGUAAGGAGGAGGAGCUCCAUGAGAAGAAAGAAACUGGGUCCUAGUCGGCUUAGUAGAAUGGUUAUGGCCGGAGAUGAUUAAUUUUAUUGAUUUUUUUUUUUUGAAGUUUUCGAUCCUAUACGAAAUGAUCAGUAACUUUUGAUUUUUUUCACUUCAUGCUCAUUUUGUUUUAAUUUUCUUUUCUAAUCAGUUUAAUUCCCUGGUUGGCAUAUCUUAAUUUUAA